AUGCCCUAUGGUGAAGAACUUGGCGAAUACAAAGAGAAAACACCAGGCGUAGCAAAAAUUGAUUGGUCACUAAUUGAUGAUCGUAAUGAUAAUUCAAAUUGGCUCAAUAAACAACAUUUACAAUUUUAUAAAGAUUUAAUUCAUUUAAGAAAAUCAAAUUUAUCAUUGUAUACAGAAAAUGUUGAAUUUCUAUACGAAAAUUCAGAAGAUGGUCUGAUGUUAUAUUAUCGAUGGAAUGGUCAUGAAAUUAAGCAAGGUGAACAUUUGAUUGUUCUAUGUAAUUGGUCAUCAAAAACUUAUCCAAUUAAUAAUGAAACAUCAUUAGAAAUUCCAAAUAUACCAAAAAAUGGAAAAUGGUACGAUUGGCUGAAUGAAAAUCAAGAAUAUAAUGUUGAAAAUAAUAUAUUAAAAGUAGACAGUUUAAAAGAUCAUCAAGCAAGAAUAUUUAUAUUUGAUUAUAAAAAAGAUGAACAACAAGCAUAUGAUAAAUCAUUGACACAAAAAUUACAAGAACAGCAGAAAUAG